AUGGCAAUGGCCCCUACUGUACAGGUGGUCUUAGGGUCAGUCGCUUUUGUUACUUUCUGGAUUCUGGCAGUGUUCCCUGCCGUCCCUUUUCUACCCAUUGGAAGGACUGCGGGAUCUCUUCUAGGAGCUGUGCUGAUGGUCGUCUUCCAAGUGAUAACUCCAGACCAAGCUUACGCAGCGAUUGACCUUCCAAUCCUUGGUCUCCUCUUCGGAACCAUGGUGGUCAGCGGCUAUCUUGAAAGGGCCGACAUGUUCAAGUAUCUGGGGAAGCUGCUCUCAUGGAAAAGCAGAGGUGGCAAGGAUCUGCUCUGCCGAGUCUGCGUCGUCUCCGCCAUUUCAAGCGCCCUGUUCACCAACGACACCUCCUGCGUCGUGCUCACAGAGUUCAUACUGAAAAUCGCGAAGCAGAACAACUUGCCUCCCCGGAUAUUCCUCCUAGCUCUUGCUUCCAGUGCGAACAUUGGAUCUUCGGCAACUCCAAUCGGUAAUCCGCAGAACUUGGUGAUUGCCAUCCAGGGUAAGAUCUCCUUCGGCGAGUUCUUGCUUGGGAUCCUUCCUGCAAUGACUGUGGGGAUCCUUGUGAAUGCCGCCAUCCUGUUGUGCUACUUUUGGAGAGUGUUAUCCAGUGAGAAGAGCGAAGAGGUGGAAGCAGCUGCUACAGACAUUGUAGCGGAAGAUGAUGUAACUUCUCACAGAUUUUCACCAGCCACAAUGUCACAUCCCUCUUCCACGAAUUCUCCAGACCAGAGUCCAGAGAUCGACGGCGUCGUCCAAGUCUCACCAUUGAAUGUGGAUUCUGCGCGUAUGGAGACUCUCAGAAAUAGAAUAAUCAUCAGUGAGAGCGCAUCUUCAGCUGUCAGUGUGGACUCUGCGAGGAAUGUGGUAAAUAUAGUAAGGGCGGGCAGUUCCAGAGAGGAGAUCAUCUUUCCCUCUCUUGAUGUGAAAGAAAGCUCUAUUGACAGGUGGAAGAGGUUGCUGUGGAAGGCCUGUGUUUAUCUUGUGACUCUUGGGAUGCUAAUUUCCCUGCUACUGGGGCUCAACAUGUCAUGGACCGCCAUUACUGCUGCUCUUGCACUUGUGGUGCUUGAUUUCAAGGACGCCCGCCCUUGCCUAGAGAAGGUUAUACUCCUUCUGUCAUCACUUUGUGGGCAAAGUCAUGCUGUGUCUAUUGAUUCUUCACUCUGUUUUAUGAACCCGAGAGAGUUUCAUUUCCCUGUGUUUUAUGGGCCAGGUUUCCUACUCGCUGCUGAUAUUCUUCUGUGGCAUGUUCAUAACCGUUGAUGGGUUCAACAAGACUGGAAUACCUAGUGCUUUAUGGGAUUUCAUGGAGCCAUAUGCGCAGAUUGAUCGAGCUAGUGGCGUUGUAUUGCUUGCCCUGGUGAUAAUUGUCCUCUCAAAUAUUGCAUCCAAUGUGCCCACCGGUGAGUUUUCCUCGCCUGUCAUUCAUGCCAGCUUUCAUUAUCACACAAUCUGUUUUCAUCAGUUCUUGUUAUCUUGCGGUUUCUAGGGCUCUUUGCAUCGCAUGUGAUUGAUUCAAUGGGCAGCUGUUGGCCGAUUCAUAAAUAUAUGGUUUGGUAUUAUUGAUUUAGUGUAAAAUAAUUUCGUAUUUCAGUUGGAUCAUAUGAGUUUUAAGCCAAAAAAAAUUAAAAUUCCUUUCUUAUUUAAAAAAAAUAUUAUUUUGAGUAGUUUAUUCAACUGGGCUCCGAGCAAGAACAUGAUCAAGUCUUCAUCCUAAUCUACUAAAAACACAGUUGACUUUUUCUCAAUAUGUUCAGAGAAGACGAUUGGAUUCAGGGUUACAUAGGAGCAAGAUGAAGUCAAAUGUCUAAGAGAAUUGAUCUUAUAAAACAACAAGAAAAUAAAUUCGGUGGAAAUCCAGACAUUAUCAUUGAAUGUAUAUUUGUUCUAAUGUCGAUCAUACAAAGUAUAUGGCCUUCGCUGCACUUAUUUAUCAAAAUUCUUGUAUGAAUCAAACCUAGUAAUCUCAAAAAAACUCUUUUUUCUGAUUAUAAUGUGUAUAAAUUUCAGAUUAUCGACACCAUACAUAAUCUGAAAUUUAUACACAUUAUAAUAUAAUAUAAACCCGCACGCAGUCAACAUGACGUUCACUCUGUUUGGAUCAUAAUUCAGAUUAAUCUGCAUGAUGCAUCUUAUCGAAUUGGGCAUUCUGCAACUUUUGCAGAAUUCAGCGCCCACAUAUUGAUAUCUCUAAUCUUCUCGUCUGAUGCCCGAUUUCUGUCAGUUCUCCUCCUCGGUGCUCGGGUUGCAGCAUCCGCAUCAGCAAUCUCACCGGCCGAAGAGACCAAGGCAUGGAUCAUAUUGGCAUGGGUCAGCACAGUUGCUGGGAACCUCUCUCUUCUGGGCUCUGCUGCAAACCUGAUAGUCUGCGAGCAGGCCCGGCGUGCUCAGUCUCUUGGGUAUAAUCUCUCCUUCUGGAGCCACCUGCGCUUCGGUGUGCCAUCAACACUGAUCAUCACCUCUGUAGGCUUGCUCCUUAUAAGGAAUUACUGA